CAGAGUCCUGAAUCGCUGCGUUGCUGCUUAAGACACCAGGAUGCAGUGCGUUGCGGUCUUUCCAAAGGUGGCGUGGAUUCUUCUCGCCUUGUGUUCGUGCAGUGUCAACAAUGUUUCCGGCGCUGAAGGAAAAACUCGACAAGAACUAGUCUGCAUGCAGACGAUGGCCUGCCACGAACUCAACGGCAACUGCACCGACAGCUGCGUCACUGGCCUGAUUCCCCUCGACGACCGCUGCCAGGGCGGCUGCGUCUGCUGCGUCGAGCGUCAGUGUCAGAAUACGGUCAACUGCGCAUUCAUGGGAGGCCAUUGUGACUCGACCUGUGAAGACGAUGACUUCGAUUACCCUGAUCUAUGUCCCUCCGGAAACUGUUCCUGCUGCGUGAAAAAGGAGUGCACGCAAAGUAAAUGCUGCAGCUUUUCUGGAGGGAGAUGCGACCGGGCUUGCAACGAUGGAGAAGUUGCAGAAGAAGAUCUUUGUGUGGGAGACUGUGUUUGCUGCUUCCAAGACACGUGCCCGGACAGCCCCAAGUGCCAGGCGCUGGACGGGCGCUGCGUGGAGAGCUGCGAGGCCGACGAGCUGGCCGUCCCGUGGCUCUGCGGAGGCGAAAACUGCACCUGCUGCGUCCAGAACAACUGCAACCAGACCAAGUGCUGCGAAGCCUUCGGCGGAAGCUGCGGCAAGGUGUGUUACGAGGGCGAGGCGCCCAUCGAGGACGUGUGCGAAGGAACGUGCCAGUGCUGCGUCAAGGCCCCGUGUGAGCAGAGCAACUGCUGCACCGUGCUGGGCGGCAGCUGCAACGCCACGUGCGGCCGAGGCGAGAGAGCCGUCGAGGGCGUCUGCAACGGAGAGCACUGCCUCUGCUGCGUGCCAGAUGACCCUUGUCCCGACAGCUCCAGCUGCUUGGGAAUAGGAGGCCGCUGCGACCGAUCCUGCGGGAGCAAUGAGGUCGGUUAUCCUUAUUACUGCCAUGACAGUUCUUGCUUCUGCUGCGUCGAGAGGAUGUCAACGCCACCUCUUCCGACCACACAACCAGCAUCAACUACGACUACAUCAACGACCUCAAUUCCAAAUACUUGCCAAGACACUAGGACCUGCAGGGAGAGAAAUGGUUACUGCAACUACACCUGCAACGCUGGCGAAACCAGUCUUGGUGGUUACUGCAAUUCUGAAUCUUGUCGGUGCUGUUCGGAAAAGCCGUGUUUGACGAGCGCCGAGUGCAGGGAUGCCGGCGGGGCGUGCUUCACGGGCUGCCGCAGGUCCGGCCUCGUGACUCGAGCUGACCUUUGCCCAUUUCCCGGAUGCAGUUGUUGCAUCGGAGAUUUCUGUCCAGAGUCGUCCGUUUGUUCGAGCCAAAACGGCUACUGUCAUGACGUGUGCCAAGACGACGAGGAAGCCCUGUCUGAUUUAUGCGGCCUUCAAUGCUUUUGCUGCAUUAAACGAGACCCGUGUCCUCAGACGACUGACUGUGAGACCAGAGGAGGUUACUGCAAUGAAACUUGUGGCAACGGCGAGGCGAGUCUCAGUAGACUCUGUGCCAAAGAUUCCUGUUCCUGCUGCGUCGUGACGGGAAACCUGUGUCCCGAUACUGAUGCAUGUCUAGAAAGCGGGGGAAGUUGCAGCCUAUUCUGCAACACAGCCACGCAGGACGUGAUAAAUGGCACUUGCACUUAUGACGAGUGUAGCUGCUGCGUUAAUAAAGUGUGUGAACAGACACUCACUUGCAACAAUAACGAUGGUACAUGUAAGGCCUUCUGCGGCUUAAAUGAACUUGCUUUACCAUCUGGGUGUAAUAACGACUGCCACUGCUGUGUAGAAGCAUUACAAGGAUGUGGCCAGCAACCAGAGUGCGAAGAUAUGUUUGGCAUAUGUAAACUGGCCUGCGAUAUUGAUGAGACAGCUCUAACAACUGGGUGCCUGGGAACUAAUUGUAAAUGCUGCAUUCCAGUGGAUAAGAGGACUCCAUAACCUGCAACAACUGCACUUCACGAAAGAAGAGCAAUAGAGGAAUAAAAAUAGUCAAAACUUGCAAUGCCAACUGCAAUUGCCUCCUGAGAUUCCAAUUACUGGAGAAAUAUAACAUUUGGCUCUAUUCUUAAUUCGGACAUUGCACUGACUCCAACUUCUGAUUCUAUUAUUUAUGAGAAAUGCAGGAAAAAAGAGAUACGAACUUCUACAAUAAAAUUUC